AUCUUUGUUUUUCUUUCACUAAAACAGCUGUGUUUAGCCCAACACCAACUACCUGCUAUGCGUCUGCAGGAAGGAUCCCUGAGCAUACUUGUCAGAAGAUCAUCCACUCAAAGAGAUGUGAAAUUCGGAAAUGCAUCCAGGAGUGCUCUAAAAAACCUGCUGGAGUGGGACAAUGCAGAGGCUCCAUUUGCUUCUGCACAUAUUAUUGUUUAAGGUUCUAUUUGUUAGAAGAGAAGAAAAAACAGGUUAAAAAUAUAGAGAAAUUGCUUAAAUUAAUUUCUUGGUUUUUUUUUUCUCCCCUCUGUUCUGAUCAUUUAAUAUUUUUGUAGCAGAGCCAUCGAAUUAAACAUUCCAGUCUCAA